GCCGUUGCACGGCCGGUGGGAACUACGCUACCCAGAAUGUCACGGGAAUGACGCCGAGCCAAUGAGCCUCCCAAGUAGGGGCGCUUCCGUGUUCCGGUGGAGGACGGCCGGGGCGACUUCCGGGCAGUAUCUGUGGUGCUCGUUUUCCUGGUGUCUGUGUCCAUCCCCGCCAUCCGAACGGCGAGAGCUCUUUGUCUGGCGGGAGGUGACCGGAGUGGAAGGCGCUUGGGAGGUGUUGCCUCCCCGAAUCCCUGCCAGCGGCUGGUCUGAGUGGCCCCGGCCCAUUUGUCUCCGCACAGGCGGUCCACCGAGUCCGAGGGCUGCGGUCACGGCUAGGGGCGCGGCUCAGGUUUCUAGGACUGCAGAAGUGCGCAUGGACCUCGAACAGGGUUGUGUGACUUUUGACGAUGUGGCCAUUUACUUCACAUGGGAAGAAUGGAGACUUCUUGAUGAGGCUCAGAGGCUCCUGUAUUUCAAUGUAAUGCUGCAGAACUUUGCACUUACAAGCUCACUAGGUUGUGGGCAUGGAACACAGGAUGAAGAGGCACCUUCUGAGCAGAUAGGUUCUGUAGGAGUGUCACAGGCUCAGACUUGUAAGACAGGUCCAUCCAUAAAGAAGACUUACCUUUGUGAACAGUGUGUCCCAGGUCUGCAAGACAUUUUGCACCUGGCUGAUCCAUUGGCACAGGAACCCAAGCAUGGGACAUGUAUAACACUUCACAACAAAAAACAUCACAGUACUUUAAAGAAACCCUUAAAUAGGGUCAUUGACAGUGUCUCAUAUUUGAAAUGCUACCUAUUGCACAUGUCAGGAAAGCCCUUUCCCAGUUGGGAUGUUGAGAAGGACCUUCCAGCCAUGUUGAGCCUUCUCAAGUCCCUGGCCUUUCCUAGCAGUAAGAAGCCUAACUCAGUCAUCAAAGGUGGAAAGGACAUUCAUAAUCAUAAAAGUCUUAAGUCAAGAGAAUAUGAGAAAUCUAACCACAAUCACACUGUUGUUCACCACUCAAGAUCCUCCACUGGAAAAAAGCUUUAUGAGUGCAGCAAAUGUGGGAAAGCCUUCCGUGGAAAGUACUCACUUGAUCAACACCAAAGAAUCCAUACGGGAGAAAAGCCUUGGGAGUGCAGUGAAUGUGGGAAAUUCUUUAGCCAAACCUCCCACCUGAAUGAUCAUCGGAGAAUCCACACUGGAGAAAGACCGUAUGAAUGCAAUGAAUGUGGAAAAUUAUUUAGACAAAAUUCUAGCCUCAUUGACCACCAGAAAAUUCAUACUGGAGCAAGGCCUUAUGAGUGUGACCAGUGUGGGAAAUCCUUUAGCCAAAAAGCUACCCUCAUUAAACACCAAAGAGUUCACACUGGAGAAAGACCUUACAAGUGUACUGAAUGUGGCAAUUCUUUUAGUCAAAGUGCCAUUCUUAACCAACAUCAAAGAAUCCAUACUGGAGCAAAGCCUUAUGAGUGUGGCCAGUGUGGGAAAUCCUUUAGCCAAAAAGCUACUCUUAUUAAACACCAGAGAGUUCACACUGGAGAAAGGCCCUAUAAGUGUGGUGAAUGUGGAAAAUCCUUUAGUCAAAGCUCCAUUCUUAUUCAGCAUCGGAGAAUUCAUACUGGAGCAAGGCCCUAUGAAUGUAGGCAAUGUGGAAAAUCUUUUAGUCAAAAGUCUGGCCUCAUUCAACACCAGGUAGUCCACACUGGAGAAAGACCUUAUGAGUGUGACACAUGUGGGAAUUCCUUUAGCCAGUGCUCUAGCCUCAUUCACCACCAAAAAUGUCACAACAUGUAGGGACCUUAUGAUAGAUAUAAUGUGAAGUCUUCAGCCCAGCACCUAACAUUUAGCUGUUGCACUUAGCUCUUACACAUCCACACUUGGGAAAGGCCUUCAACCUGUAGGAAAUGUCUUUUUUCAGUAUUAGGUCAAAAGAGUGCCAUUGUUAAGUGAACUACUUGCUUGAGUGUAAGACUCAUAUUUCCAAACAUCUACAGCAGUGAGAUUCCCUAUGAGUUCUAAGUAUGGGAGAGGUUUACAGGGGCUGAUAUGUACAUUGUAAACUGACUAUGGCUAUUACCAUAGUUUUAUCGCUCAGUUUCUCUGGAAAAAGCCAUCUUCUGUGACCUUCUAUAGUGCAGAAGUCACCUCAGCAUUCUAAGGAAAAUCAAAUGUGUGCUUAUUUUUUGGAGGAAGUCUUGAACAUCCUGGUCCUUUAGGAACAAUUUGCUCCCUUUUCUGGCUGAUUGAAGUACAUCUAACCCAAUUUUUACCAGUAGAAUUCAGUCUGCCCUCUGCUAGUGGCUUCUAGGAAUGACCUAGCUUUUUGGAAAAGUUUUUUAAUCAGUCUCACAUGAAAGGUUAAUUUUUCCAGCCUUCCAUUCACCAACUGGUUACUGCAUGCCUCACAUUGCUCUGGUUUAUGCACUAAUAAAUAAAUGCCUUACUGUGAAGGCUACCUUUAAUGUUAGGGUUUAGUUUACCAUGUGGGGAAGCUGGAAAGCAGACUUUAUAUUCUGUUUAUAUGAAAGGAUAGUGUUCAUGGGUGUCAACUUUUGUGCCUUCCUAUAGGGACAGAAUAACCACAAAGUAGUUUUCAUUCUGGUUUUGCUCAAGUUUGCAUUGCUGUCCAAGACAGCUUAGGGAACAUGCAAGGAUUCUGUUGUCCUAAUUUGUGGCUUAGAUACCUACACUUUUCUGUGAGACUAAAAAUCAUACUGGGAGAGGCCAGCUGUUGUGGCAAGUUGGAAUAGAAUGAAUUCGCUCUAUUGUUCCUAAAGGAUGUCUUAAUUAUGCUCAGCACAUAGAGAAGCAGCUCCUCACAGUGUUGUACAGGAAGCUGUAUUUCCUGAUGUCAACCAGCCCAUUUUUUUUUACAUCACCACAGCCAGAUAUAAACCAUAAUUCUUACAGAAAUACUGCUCGUAUCAACCUGAAGCAAACCAGAUGGAAUGUGCCUCUUGUAAAAAUGCAUCCACAAGUCUUCCAGUUACAGCCAGUGAGUAUUCACAUGACCUAGAGAUCAUUGUAUGUCCUGUCACUGAGGUCACUGUCAAGAAAUUAAAAAUUGUGUGGGUUCUUGUCUUUUUGAGUUAUUUACCCCACAACCAUUGAUGUAGAAGUGGGAAAGAGGAUGGAGAUCAUGGUGGUCUUGUAGUCCUGGGAAGUAUAGCUCUUGAGACCCAGCCACUAUUCUGUUGCAACAGUGCUCAUUGUUUGCCAGUAUUUCUCCUACACUGAAGUAGGGAUGCCCUUCCCCAUGUAUGAGAACAGAGGUACUGUUUUCAACAUUGGGUUACCAUGCCUUCUGGUUUUGAGAAAAGAAUUUAGAUUUUUCAUUUUGAAUCAUUUUAAAAUAAAACUUAUUGAUGUACAAAUGACAUGUAUAAUCUAUGGUGUGUAAUUUGAGUUGACAACUCAUGAACCCAUCAUGACAAUUAGCACAAACAUCUGUGGUUUUCCUCAUGCCCUGUUGAAAUAUCUCCCUGCCUUCCCAGGUUUGCAAGUGUUUAGUAGUUUUCAUUCACAAGAGGGUAGUUUGUGUGUGAAAUCAUAACAUGUUUACUCUUGUAGUUUUCACACUACAUGAUUAUUUUGAAAUCCAUUGCUACUCCUUAUGUUCAUCAUUGUUUUUUACUGAGUAGUAUUUAAUUCUAUGAAUAUGCCACUAUUCAGUUCUUCAUGGAUAGUUGGCUUGUUUUUUCCUAUUUUAUAGUAUUAACAAAAUAUAUGUAGUUUUAUUUCUCCUAUGCUAAUACUUUGUCUUACAUGAAUGUUUCAUUUUUUAAGUAACUGUCAAACUUAUCUAAAUUGAUGGUAUUCCUAUGAACAGUAUUCAAGGGCUGAUAAAAAUAAUAUGAUGUUUAAAUUGUUAUAGUAAAAGGCACGUUGCUCUUAAUCCCCCUCAAAAUACUUGCCUCACUUUCUGACAAUAACAAUGUCUUUUACUUUAAACACUCACCGUACUUUUUGAUCAUACCUUUCUACCAGCACUCCUGUUUCUGUGCUUCCUCUCUCUCCUUCUCCCUCUCAUCCCCCUGUGUAGUUUAGCCUGCUCUAGAACUCAUUAUGUAGCCCAGGCUGGCCUCAAGCUCACAGUGAUCCUCCUGAGUACUGGGAUUACAGGCAUAUGCUACCAUGACUGGCUGAUUCUCUAUAGUCUUGGUGUGGUUAGUUUAAUUUGAACUGUUUGUGUAGGUAAAUAUCACUGUAAUUUUAUUGUUAUUAUCUGAUGUUUCAUGGUUUUGAGCAUAUUUUCAUGUUUAUUUACUGCCUGUUUAUCCUCUUUGGAAAAAAUUGUUAGUACCCUUUGCUAUUUUUUUUUUUUUUUUUUUGGUACCGGGGAUUGAACUUGGGUCCUUGUGCUUGCCCAGCAGGCGGUGAAACCACUGAGCUAAAUCCUUGGCCCACCCCCCCUUUGCUAUUUUUAAAUGGAUUUUGAUCAUGUUCUUUUUUAUUGAUACAUAGACAUAAGAAAAAUAUAUAUUGGAACCUCACUCAUUCCAUAGCAGUUAUGGUCUUCUUUGCUAAAUGGGAAGGUUUUUUGGGAUUUUAAAAAUUUCUUCUUUUUUGAGUACUGCAAAAGUUUUGUUGUUGUUUUUAUUUUGUUUUUGGUUUUGGUACUGGGUAUCGAACUCGGGACCUUACACUUGCGAGGCAGGUGGUGGAACCACUGAGCUAAAUCCCGGGCCCCCAAAAUUAUUUUCUUAAUUUAAAAAAUCUGUUCACAGUGUAACAAUCAUACUGUAUAUUUUAAGCAUUGCCUGUGUUAACUUAUUCUCUACCUUUUUCUUAAUUCUAGCCAUUAACAAGCAAGCCCUGGUUUUUGUAUUUCUCAGUUACACUGGUAAAAUAUUCCCACCAUAGUCAGUUUCAGGCUGCCAAAAUAAUGCCAUUGAACAUGGAGUUGGGAAGAGACAUAUAGUAGUACACAUAUUUUAUUCUCAUCAUAUUGACACAGUAGUCACAAGUAACUUCAAGGACAUACAUGUAUAAAAGAGUAAAUUAGGAAGUGACAACUUUUGAGUAUUAGCUUUGAUUUAAAGGUAGCAUUAAUAAACUCUAGUUGCCUUAUGAUAAAGUAUACAUAUCUAAAAUAUGAUUUCUGUUUUGAUAUAUGUGCUUAAAACCAGAAGUUACCCCAUGCCUUUUAAAUCCAUUCCUCUUAAUAUAAAAUUGGUACAAGGAUAAUAUUCUACCUUUUCUAGUGGAUAUUUCCAAAAAUAUGCACAAAUGGGAAGGACUAUGAGGAGGAGCUAUGAACACUUCUCAUCUUGCAUUUUGUCAGUCAUUUUGUUGCUGCUCUUGCUUCAGUGGUCUUCACACACAUUACUGGAUUCUUUGAUUUGUAAUCCCCACAUCUUGUAAUUCAUUGUCACAUCUCUUCAAAAUGUGUUUUCACAAAAAAAAUGUUUUCACAAUAUCAAAAAUUUUCAUAACCAUUAUAAUUUUAUUAAAAAUGUUCAAAGCACAAAUAUCAGUGCUAUAUCCUC